CAGGGAGAAUUUAGCGGUGUCAUAUUUUUGAUAGAUGGGGAAUUUCUAAAAAUUGUUUUGAAAGGAUUUUGAAAAUUACUGAAUUAAGCAAGCUCUCCUUGGCAUAAAACAUGCAUAAACUAAAGCUAAAUCAAAAGGAUAAAGUAAAAAAAUUUAUAUCACUCACACAGACCGGAGAGCAGACCGCAAUUUACUGUUUGCAAAAUAAUGACUGGAAACUGGAUCUGUCUUGUGACAAUUAUUUUCAGAAUCCAGAUAUUUAUUACCGUGAGUUAGAUCGCAAAAAGAUCGAACAGCUUUUUAGCAGAUAUCGUGAUUCCGCCGACCCGAACAAGAUAAAUUCCGACGGUGUAGUCAAAUUUUUAGAUGACCUCUAUCUCAGUCCGGAAUCAAAGUUAGUGCUGAUUAUCGCAUGGCGAUUUAAAGCAGAAAUUCAAUGUGAAUUCACCAAGGACGAAUUUGUCAACGGAUUCAGUGACCUAGGAGUAGACAGCAUAGAUAAGCUCAAGGCUAAAUUACCUCUACUAGAGGUGGAAUUAAAGGACCCGAUGAAAUUUAAGGACUUCUAUCAAUUCACCUUCAACUAUGCCAAGGAUCCUGGUCAGAAGGGAUUAGACUUAGAGAUGGCCAUCGCAUACUGGAACAUAGUUCUUAAGGAUAGAUUUAAGUUUCUGGAACUUUGGUGCAAAUUUUUAGUAGAGAAUCACAAACGGUCAAUUCCAAAGGACACAUGGAAUCUGCUGUUAGAUUUCGCAACAUAUAUCGAUGACAGCAUGUCGAAUUAUGAUGCAGAAGGAGCCUGGCCUGUACUAAUUGACGAUUUCGUUGAAUGGUGCCAGCAGCAAAAUCAGAUUAACCAUCCAUCGGUAAUUACUUCUACCAGUUCAGUUGCCAGUAGUGUCUAUUUGCCGUCCACGUCUACAUCGGCCGUUACUUCACCAUCAUCGACAGUUCAAAAUCCCUACAGUUCCAGUAAAGGUAACCCAUACAGUAGCAGCAGUAGCAGUACAGCAAACAUGUACUACUAAAACGUUUAGCGCUUUCAUUCUAAUAGUUACCCUUCUCAACCCUCUGAUAAAAGCUGUUUCGGUAUGUCUUUUAAUGAGAAAAAAAGUUUUCGUCUAGCCCUUUUUCAUCUAUUCGGUUUGUUGAUAUUGUAGAAUAUAUUUUCAUUUUUAUUCUUCAAAGCUAAUAUGAAAGAAGUGUUUAAGGAAUAGAUUUCUCGUUAUUUGUGGCCACUCAAACCCCUGUUAAAUCAUUUUGCGCAUUUCACGAAAGGUAAAAAGGUUCACAUGUAAGGUUCAGGUCUGCAUAGUACAUUGUUGAUACAUACUAAAUACGAAAUAUCUUGCAAAAACCCAGUCAAAAUAGAAAAACUAGCGUAAAUUACUUUCAGUUUGUUUAUGAAACCAAAUGCUUUAAUGGCAAAGCUGAUGAUACAAGAGCUAUUGAAAAUCAUUGAGUGUUGAAAAAAUAUAUACUACACUUAUCAAAUAUGAAAAGAAAUGGAAAAUGGUAUGAUGAUAAAAACACUAUCUGCGUAAUAGAAAUAGGAGAAAGUCUUUCUUGGAAAUAACAACUAAAUUAUCACAGUUUUGCGAUUUUGUUUUGAAUAAUAUACUCAGAUUCAAAAAAAACAUUUAUUUUCAUUAUUCAUUUCCUUCUAGUAAAUAUUGUAACUUUUUAUUGGAAGCAAAUAAAAUGUAAAUAAACGUACAGAUUAACAUUUGAAUAGAUCGUUUGAAAUUAGGUAUAUACCGUGCCAGCACCAUAUUCUAGCCAGUGCCUAAUUCUGGACAGUUGCCAAUUUUUCUAAAAUAUUAACAAAAUAUUUACAGAAUAAGGCACUGUAUUGAAUAUGGUGCUUGCACGGUACAUAUACCUAAUUUAAAAUUUGGUGUAGACUAGCAGGCAAAAAUAACAAUUUAAAUUUACACUCAAUUCGAGACUCAAACAACAGCGCUGUGAUAAAAUAGUUGGGUAUAUCCGCAAUGCGCUUGAAACGCUGCUGUCGUUAAAAGUUUUUACUAGGUAUUUAUAAAGCAAAUUAGAAAUUCGUUAAAGAGUACAGCACAGGAAGUAUAUCUGUCUCUUGUUACAAAAAACGAAAGAAAAGA